AUGAUGCUGGGCGACGGCUCUGACACGGUCCGGCUUGGGCGGCCGAGUGGUCUAGGCCCAAGGCCAAGCAAAGGCCCUGCCAGGAGGCGUGGAGGCGGCAUGGAGGCAUCCGACCAGCCACCCGGCCGCCGUCCAAGUCCCGGAACACGUCUCCGUUGUGUGAUCCGCAUAAACACCGAGACUGGGCUGACCACCAGGCGAGGCGGUGGCCCCCCCGGUGGAGCCCGGCUGGCGGCGCAUCGCAUCCUUGUUGGGGCGCUGCGCAUACGGGAGCCUGCCGAGGAUACGCCGGGUCGGCUGCCAGAUUCCGCGUCGAGAGUCCGGAUCAAGCACGUUGCAGCACGCGGAGCAGCCAUCGAGAUGGAGUCAUUCCACGCGGCAUACCCUCUUGGCCGGCCCACGCCCCCCCCGGAGCUGGCCCUCCUGUUGGGCCAACGACAAGGCGGGCGCCCACAAGGCCAGGCUGCGUGGGCGGAUCCGAUUCGCUGCUGGCAUCAGGGCUGGAAGCUGCAAGGCGCGGCGCGGACUUGCUUGUCGCUGGUGUGA